UUCGGCUUUUCCCCAAUUCAUCAUCUAGCUAGCCCACCGGAACAACCAAUUUGGAAGCUGCUUAGCUGUGUGGUAUUGGUACUGUGGCCUUUUCCGCGGACCCGUGCCGAUGGAGCGAGCGGCGGCGGAGGUGGAGAUGGAGGCGGCCGGCGACGACGUGCACACGCCCCACUCCGCGCCGUCAACGGCGUCGUCGGCGAGGGUGUCGAUCUGGGAGUCGGUGCGCGCGUGCGGGCUCUGGGGCAAGGACGUGGACAAGGCCGAGCUGCGGCGCCGGGUCGUCAUGCCGCUGUACGCGCGCCGCGCGGUGGCGGCGGCCGUCAGGGAGAAGAGCGAGGCCGCCGGCGUGGCGGCUGCCGCGGCGGCCAAGGAGGAGGUCGCCGAGGAGGAGGGGCUCGCGGUGGUCACGCCGAUGGUGGUGUUCGUCAACUCCAAGAGCGGCGGCCGGCACGGGCCCGAGCUCAAGCUGCGCCUGCACGAGCUCAUCAGCGAGGAGCAGGUCUUUGAUCUUUCUGAUGUGAAGCCUUCUGAUUUUAUUCGCUAUGGCUUGGGUUGUUUGGAGAGGUUGGCUGAGAGAGGUGAUAAUUGUGCAAAGAACAUCCGUGGAAAUUUGAGGAUUAUGGUUGCUGGGGGUGAUGGCACAGUUGGUUGGGUACUUGGAUGUCUCCAAGAGCUUAACAAGUUGAAAAGGGAACCAGUUCCUCCCACAGGAAUCAUCCCACUUGGUACAGGAAACGACCUUGCUAGAUCGUUUGGAUGGGGUGGCUCAUUUCCCUUUGGUUGGCGUUCAGCUGUAAAGCGCUAUCUCAGCAAGGCAGGGGCUGCUCCCAUCGUCCAUCUUGACAGUUGGCAGGCUGUGAUCACGAUGCCAGAAGGACAAAUAGACGAGUUGCCACAUGCACUUAAGAAAGUGGAACCUGCAGACCAUUUGGAGUUUAACAAGGAGAAUGGCAUCAAGCUACCUGAAAAAGCUUCUUCUUAUAAAGGAGUAUUCUACAACUACCUUAGCAUUGGGAUGGAUGCUCAAGUUGCAUACGGGUUCCACCACCUACGAAAUGAGAAGCCAUAUCUUGCUCAAGGACCAGUUGCAAAUAAGAUGAUUUACGCUGGAUAUAGCUGCACGCAGGGAUGGUUCUGCACACCUUGUACAGCCAGUCCUCAGCUAAGGGGACUUAGGAAUAUUUUACGGCUUUACAUUAAGAGGGCAAAUUGUUCCGAAUGGGAGCAAGUUCAGAUGCCAUCAAGUGUUAGGUCCCUAGUGAUCUUAAAUUUGAGAAACUACAGCAGUGGAAGGCAUCCAUGGGGUGAUCUUAAACCAGAUUAUCUUGAAAAGAGAGGUUUUGUUGAAGCUCAUUCGGAUGAUGGCUUGGUUGAAAUAUUUGGUCUGAAACAAGGCUGGCAUGCUUCAUUCGUUUUGGCUGAGCUUAUCAAUGCAAAGCACAUUGCUCAGGCUGCAGCUAUCAAGUUAGAAAUGAGGGGUGGCGAGUGGGAUCGAGCAUAUGUUCAAAUGGACGGAGAGCCUUGGAAACAACCACUCAUCCAGGAUCAAUCAACUACUGUGGAAAUAAACAAAGUUCCCAGUCAUUCUCUCAUGAUUAAUGGGGAUUCAUGAUAUUUUCUUGUGUUAUAAUCAGGUAACAUUCCAGAGAGUCCAUUUCUUGUUCACAGACAUCAAUUUGCGCUGUUGCAUUCUGACAGCUCGCUAAUCGUUUGAUUACUAUGUCAUGCCAGGGUUACAAUCUAGAUCGUUAGACUAUGUACAGUUUAGGAGCAGCAUGAGCCAGAUUCUUAUAGAUGGCUCAGCUGCAGCCAGGAAUGUAUGUUUAUUGGCUCUUAUCAUGCCAUGGUCGGAUCAUGGUAUUUGCACAAUCUGCCACCAUGUACUGUUGUAUCAUGUAAGUUAUGUUGUAUCCUAGCUCCUUUUGAGAGAGAAACAAAUUUAACUUGCUUUGUAUUGUAAUUUUUUCUCUCUGGAAAAUAACCUUGUGAAAAACAGUGUAAGCUGUAACUUUGUUUGCUGUUCAAUUCAACAAUUCUUUCCCCGUGGGACAUUCCUUUGUGGGAUCACAUUUGAAAUGCUUUUGCUGCUAGCAAUGUACUUUGAUUCAUUGGAGUCGUA